UGGAGCGUUGAAACUCGCUCCGGUCCAUUCACAGAUCUGUUCUCCCUUUGCGUUCCAUGCUUCUAAGCGACCGGUGAUUGCUCCAGUUCAUUGUGUGUGGUCAUUUGCCUUUCUAGUCAAGUAACCGCGUGCAGUGAUAACCACAACUCUUUUAGUGCUGUUUUCACUAGAUUUCUCUUAAUCGGAAAAUCGUCUGCUUUCAGAAUUUAUAACAACAAAAAUUUUUUCGAAUGGUUUGUGCGUGGCUGUUUGGUCGUAUAACGAAGCACUAGCUAAAAAAAGUUAUAUUUUAUUUUCAUUUUUGUAAAGUUAAAAAAAAAAAAAAAAAAAAAAAGAAGUUAAAUUUAGAAUUUAUAUACGGAUAGAUGGCAGUCUUUCAGAUUUAGCCUGGACUUUUCUUAUAGGCGAAACAUUUAAAGUGAAGUUUUCGAAGUAGAAGAAACUUAGUCUGCAAUCUGGAAUUACUCUCUAUCGCUGAUUUUUCCGGAUCACAUGUAACUAUCUUUCUUCGUUUUCUUCUGGUCUCAGCGAAGUUCUUAAUAUACUUUCAUUAAAGUUAAUUCAAUUAGUAUUUUUUAUUUUUGAAAUACAGUGAACGUAGAAGGCAUCUCGUUUUAACUGAAUUAUUCUUUCCUAGUAAAACGAUAAAUUUCUUCUGAGUGCUGAAAAAUUGAAUUUAAAAAUUAAUAUAAAGAAUGCCGGCAGAUGAUAAAUCAGAAGGCCCAUUUAAAACGUAAAAUAUUACAUUGUAAUCAGUUUUCUCUUAAUAAAAAAAUUAUUUUUUGGAGAAAAAAAGUGCUUUGCCUAUAGAACUGUGAAUUAAAUUAAUUAUGUGUGCUUAUUUUGUGAACGAUUCUGGAUGUACGACAUAUUGGAGCUAAUAUUUAUAGUAAAGCAAUUAUCGUCUGCGUCAGAACAAUUCUAAAGAAUAAAUUCUAAGCAAUGACAUUAGAUCAACGAUGGACGAUCACUUUCGUGAUCAUAACUAUAUGUUUAACUGUAUCUGGAAGAAUAUCAAGGUGGAAUGGACGAAGAAGUAAUAGAACACAUUACGAUAAUCGUUACUAUUGGUUAUUGGAUUAUGAUUAUGAUCCCUUUGAUCCAGAGAGAGGGCUGUUCCCAUCUGUAAAUAAUUUGGCUGCAAAUGCAAUUAUUAGUACAAAUGCUACUUGUGGUGAAACAGAACCAGAAGUCUAUUGUAAAUUAGUUGAACAUGUCUUUAUGCGAGAACCUCAAUGUGGUUUAUGUGAUGCUCGAAGUGAAUUACCUGAACAUAGACAUCCAAUAAUCAAUGCUAUUGAUGGAACAAAUAAAUGGUGGCAAAGUCCUACACUUCAAAAUGGAAAGCAUUUUGAAUGGGUUACUAUUACAUUAGAUUUAAAACAGGUUUUUCAAAUAGCUUAUGUAAUUAUAAAAUCAGCAAUAUCACCACGGCCUGGAAAUUGGAUUUUGGAACGAUCUCUUGAUGGCUUGAUCUACAAGCCAUGGCAAUAUUAUGCUAUCAGUGAUGCAGAAUGCUGGGAAGCAUUUGGGGUUCGACCCACUAUGGGAAAGCCACGCUAUCGUAGUGAUUCUGAAGUUAUUUGUACUUCUUAUUAUUCAAAAUUGAAUCCCUUAGAAGGGGGGGAAAUUCAUACAUCUCUAGUCUCUGGUAGACCAGGAGCUGAAGGACCUAGUGAUACUUUAAGAGAAUUUACUACAGCUCGAUUUGUUAGAUUAAGACUUCAAAAAAUUCGAACACUAAAUGCUGAUCUUAUGACUAUGCAGUCUAGAGACCCAUCAAAAAUUGAUAAAUCUACAACCAGAAGAUAUUUUUAUUCAAUAAAGGAUAUAUCAGUUGGUGGACAGUGCGUUUGUUAUGGACAUGCCAAAGAUUGUCCCCUAGAUCCUGAAACAAAUUUAUUUCAAUGCAAAUGUGAACAUAACACCUGUGGUGAGAAUUGUGAGCAGUGUUGUCCUUUGUAUCAGCAGAAACCUUGGCAACCUGGUAACUUCAAUGAUGGUGCUGUAUGUGAAAAAUGUCAAUGUUAUGGGCAUGCUGACAUUUGUUUCUAUGACCAGACUGUUGCUGAUAAGAGAGCGAGUUUAAAUAUAAAUGAAGAAUAUGAAGGAGGUGGUGUUUGUAUAAAGUGCAAGCAUCAUACAACUGGAAUUAAUUGUGAGCAGUGUGAAGAUGGUUAUUACAGGCCUUUAGGAGUUGAGAGAAGUGAUCCAACUCCUUGCCGUCGUUGUCGUUGUGCUGGACCUGGUGUUACUGGUUUCUGUAUUAAAGAUGAUACUUUUAUACUUGAAGGAGUGUAUCCUGGUGACUGCAUAUGUAAGGAAGGAUUUGCUGGAAGCAAAUGUGAUCACUGUGCUCUGGGAUUCAAGCAAUACCCCAUCUGUGAACCCUGCCCUUGUAGUCCUGCUGGAACAGAAGGAGAAACAACAUGUGAAGGCCGCUGUAUCUGUAAAAAAAAUGUUGAAGGAGCCCAUUGUGAGUAUUGUAAAUAUGGCCAUUAUAAUAUGGAUUCUGAGAAUUCUGAUGGUUGCACUCCUUGUUAUUGUUCAGGAAUUACAAACAGAUGCCGAGAAAGUGAUUGGGGAGUUAAAGUGAUAUCAUCCCUAAAUGGCUGGAGAGUUACUGACCUUUAUGGUCUACAUGUUGCUGAUCCUGAAUAUGAAGGUGAUUAUCUUAAAAUCACUAAUGAAGCUAUGCUUGGAUUUGAUAAUUAUUAUUGGAUGGCUCCACCUGAAUAUAUCGGAAAAAAGCUUUAUUCUUAUGGUGGGGAUCUUAGGUAUGUCAUUGGCUAUACUGUAAUAGAAGAUAAUGGCAUUCAAAAUGAUGCUCCUGGAAUAAUUAUUGAAAGUGAUCCCAUACGCAUUGGUUAUUACUUUGGUUCUCGUAAAGUUCAAGGAAAUAUCACAGUGACCCUUCCUUUGCAAGAACGUCCAUGGUCCCACCUAACAGCUGCUGGGAAAAGAAGCAGAGCAGUUUCAAAAGAGACUUUUGCAGCUGUGAUGAAUAAUAUUACUCGCCUUUUGAUUCGUGCCAAAUACCACUCCGAUCAAAUAAUUGGAGUUCUCUAUAAUGUUGAAAUGGAAAUAGCAGAUAGAUGGUCAAGUAGUAUCAAGAAAAUGCAGACUGUAGAAAUGUGUGAGUGCCCAUUAGGAUAUUCAGGAUUGUCUUGUGAGAUCUGUGAAACAGGAUAUAGGCGUGUAAAUGAUACACUCCACAAAGGUGUAUGUGAGCUUUGCGAAUGUAAUGGCCAUUCUACAACUUGUGAUCCUUAUACAGGUUACUGCUUGAACUGUGCUCAUAAUACAACUGGCCAUCAUUGUGAAAUGUGUGUAGAAGGUUUUCAUGGCAACCCUUACAGAGGUACUUCAGAGGAUUGUCAACCAUGUGCUUGUCCCUUGCUCAAUCCUGAAAAUAACUUUUCACCUGUUUGCAGAGACAUUGUGACGACAGAUGCUGUGACUGAUUACGUAUGCACUGCUUGUGCAGUUGGUUAUACUGGCAGUAAAUGUGAAAGAUGUGCUCCAGGUUAUUUUGGAACACCUGGCAUACCAGGUGGUUCCUGCCAACCAUGUGAUUGCACUGGUAAUGUUGAUACAUCUGAUCCCAAUUAUUGUGACGAUAUUACUGGCCAGUGUUUAAAAUGUAUUGGAAACACAGGAGGAUGGAAUUGUAAUGAGUGCUUAGAAGGACAUUAUGGCAAUGCUUAUCAUCAUAUUUGUAAACCCUGCGGCUGUAGUCCUCUUGGUUCUGAAAGUUCCAUAUGUGAUAGAGCUACUGGAGUUUGUGAAUGUAAGCCCAAAUUUGUUGGAAGAGAAUGUGACAGAUGUGAUUAUGGAUUCGGAAAUGUAGAGCUUGGAUGUGUUCCUUGUCGCUGCAACAAAACAGGUACAAAGGGAGGAAAUGUUGAUCAAUGCGAUCCAGUAACUGGAAAAUGUGACUGUAAACCAGGAGUAUUUGGCCUGAAGUGUGACACCUGUCUUGAAGGUUACUAUAGUUUUUCAGAAAAUGGCUGCAAAUGGUGUGGAUGUGAUGUUAAUGGAGCGGCUAGCAUUCAGUGUGAAGAUCCUAGUGGUCAGUGCAAGUGCAAACCUGAAGUAACUGGUCUGAACUGUAGUCAGUGUAAGGAAAACAUGUGGAAUUUAUUAUCUGGGAAAGGAUGUGAAGAUUGCCAAUGCAAUAUAAAUGGAUCUGUAAAUUUGGCUUGUGAUGAAUUGUAUGGAACAUGUAAAUGCCGGCCUGGAGUAGGAGGUGCAAAAUGUGACAUGUGUUUGCAUGGGUAUUUUGGAUUUUCGCCUACUGGUUGCAAAAAAUGUGAACCCUGUGAGAAUUCUGCUCAUAUUUGUGAUCCUAUUACUGGAGCUUGUGCUUGCCCUCCUAAUACAGAAGGAGAUUUUUGUCAAAGAUGUACAUCUUCAUCUUGGGGUCAUGAUGCUAUACAAGGAUGUAAACUUUGUAACUGCAAUCCUCGUGGAUCAGUUCCUGAUAGUGUUUGUGAUGUUGAAAAUGGGAAUUGCUUAUGUUUAGAGGGCUAUGAAGGUCGUAGUUGUGAUAAAUGCCGCUUUUCUUACUAUCGUUUUCCUAACUGCUUGGAGUGUCGAUGCCGUUAUGAUGGCACUUUAGGAUCCCAAUGUACUGCCGAAGGUCUCUGUCAGUGUGAUGAAGUUGGACAGUGUCCAUGCAAGGAAAAUGUGGAAGGUUAUAAGUGUGAUGAAUGUAAAAGAGGAACCUUUGGCCUCUCUGUAGAUAAUCCUAAAGGUUGUUAUGAAUGCUUUUGCUUCAAUAGAUCAAAAUUAUGUGAACAAGCUGAAAUGGUUUGGUCACAGAUUACAACUCCAGCAAGAGAAGUUCAGUUUGAAUUGGGAAACACUCCUUUAGGCUUAUCUUCACAUAAAUUUCUUUUGAUUCCUGGGCAGACAGGUAAUGUCAAGCUUGGCAUAUCAUACACAAUCAAACAACCUAUUUAUUGGAUGCUACCUAAAGAGUUUUUAGGUGAAAAGACUAGAUCAUAUAAUGGAGUGUUGAAAUUUUCUAUUGAAAGUCGCAGUUCUAGGCGUUAUCCAAAUCCUUUACUCUUUAAAUAUCCAGUUGUUGUGUUAGAAGGCAAUGCUCGAAGCCUUGUUCAUUCUCCUUUUCUUCCAAUCUCUGGUGGAAGAUACAGUGUUCGGUUACAUGAGGAUCAGUGGACUCAGUAUGAAAAUCCAGAAGUUCGUGUCACAAGGUCUUUGAUGAUGUUAGUUUUACAGAAUGUGCACCACAUUCUGAUCAGAGCCACUGAAGGUGCAGAUGUGAAAAUAGCCAGAUUGAAAGAUGUUAGUAUGGAAAUAGCAGUACCUCUGUCUCCAACCCCUGCUUCUCCAUAUGUUGCUGUUGGAAUAGAAGUUUGCACUUGCCCUGAAGAAUAUGGGGGGUUAUCAUGUCAGGAUCCUGGCAAAGGUUACUAUCGGAAACGAAAAUUGAACUUAGAAAAUAGUACUGAUUUAUUUGAUCAAAUUGGAAUUUCAGAACCUUGUCCUUGCAAUGGCAGGAGUGAAACUUGUGAUCCAGAAACUGGUCAUUGUUUGAAUUGUAGAGAAAAUACUGCUGGAGCUUUUUGUGACUUGUGUGCUAAAGGCUUUUAUGGAGAUCCAAAAAUUGGUGGUUGUAAUCCUUGCGAAUGCCCUUUAGUAGAUAAUAGUUUUAGUGACACUUGUGAAGGGGAUAUUUAUGAUCAUAAUUGUACAAAUUGCCUGCCUGGGUAUGAAGGAAAGCACUGCGAAAGAUGUUCUCUAGGAUAUUAUGGAGUCCCUACUAUGCCAGGUGGCAGUUGUCAACCUUGUAAUUGUAAUCCAUAUGGUUCAUUGGAUCGAGUUUGUGAUAGAAUGACUGGUCAGUGUUAUUGUAGAAGAGGAAUUGGUGGAAGAGAUUGUACCAUGUGCAGUGCUCGGCACAUAUUAACAGAUGUUGGAUGCAAAUCUUGUGACGAUGAAUGCAUUGGACCUCUUUUAAAUGAUGCUGAAUUUCUAGUUGAGUCUUAUUUAAAAUAUAACAUUUCAAGUUUUGCACCCCCACCUUGGAUUCCACUUCUAACUUACGAUAAUCAAACUAUUUCUUUGCAAAAAGCUAUUUCAAAUUAUUUUCAUGUCCUUGAUGUUGGAUUAAAUAUUUCUCAAAAUUUUGAAGCUGAGUUUGAUUUUGAGACUUUGGCAGAUCUAAUGUAUUUAAGGGGUAGAGAUAUAAACAUUAGGGGACCACAUUUGGCAUUUAAUGCUCUAGAAGUAAAAGAAGAUGCUGAAAUAUUGUACAAACUGUUAGAUAAAAUUUGGACACAGAUAUCUGAAUCUGUGCAGCACCUUCAAGAACAAGGUUCCAACUUAAAUUUUUCAAACGCAGCUGUUGCAGAAAGAAUUGUUUUUGCUGAAAUGGUUUUAGAGGAGAUGAAAAAAAGGGAUAUAGAUGAAAUAAGACAAGAAGUUGAGAGAGAAAUGAGGAAGGCAAGUCAAAUAUCAGAAGCUGUGAAGAAUGCAAUUAUGAAUGUUAGCACAUUUUCUGUUGAUGAAGAAAAAAUAAAUAAUCUGACCAAGUUGUUCAGUGAAUUCAUUCAUUUAAUUGAAAGGAAGGUUAGAUUGACUUCAGUGCAAUCUUCUGUAAUUGUAUGUGACAGUCGAGAAGUUGAAGAAACAAUCAAUAGAAAUUUGAUACAAGUUGAAAAUGAUCGAGAAUUAGCUAAUAAAAAUUUAGAAAUGUCUUCAACUUUAUUGACUGAAGCUUUGGAUGCUAUGCAGAACAUUUCAUACAUUCUUGAAAAAGUUAUUCCCUUGCAAGAGUUACUAGAAAAUGCUACAGAACAGCUUGAAUAUCAUCGAGGUAUUUUGGCAAGAUUAAAUCCAAGAUAUAUUCAGAAAUUUGUUAUACCAGCAGCUGAUCAUGCUGAACAUUUAUCACAACAAGCAACAUAUUUAUCAAAUCUUUUCAGUGCUACUAAAACUGCGUCACAAUUUCCUCUACUUGCUGCUAAAGUGUAUGAUGAUAUUAUAAAUCUUGUAGAAGGUGCUGAGCAAGUAGCUAAAAAUGCAUAUACUACAGCUGAUAGAGCUUUCUAUGAGGCUGACCCGAAAAUACAAGAUUCCAUUUCAAAUCAAGCAAUUGUUCUUCGAAAAAAGAGUGAAAUGCUUUUGCUGAGAAGUAAUGCAGUAAAAGAGAAAGUGCAAGGGAAACAAGAAAUACUUUCAAAGCAAAGGAAAACUAUCAAUCAAAUUAAUGAAGAUAUUAAACUAAUUGUAUCUUCUGUAGCAGAUUUCAAAGAAGAUAUGGAUUCUCUUCCAAGAAAUAUUGGAGAUAGAUUGCAUGACAGUGAAGAUAUGCAUAAAAGCAUCAAAGAUAAAAUGACUGCACUACAUAGCAAAAUAGAAAUGCUUACAGAUGACAUUAACACAAAAUUGUAUCCAAAAUUGGAUGGUCUUCGUAUUGGCUCAUCUGCUGGUCUGUUUAAUGUAACGAAAACAAUUGAUUUGGCAAAAGGAACCAUUAAUAAGGCAGUGAAGAAGGCAAACAAUGUGGAAACAAGAGUUGGAAGAGUUAAAAAUUUAAAUAAUCAAAUGCAACUCAGUCUAAGAGAUUUAAAGAAUAAAAUUUUGCUUGCUCGCCAAAAAACAUCUAAUAUAAGAAUUUCCUUGAGUGCUGAUUCUUCUGGUAUAUGCGUUAGAUCUUUCAGACCAGAAAUUGAGCCUACAUCUACUUCGAGUAUAGUUCUUCAUUAUUCAGUUAAAACAGAUGCAAAAGAUAGCUUAUUACUGUUUUUAGCAAGUUCAGUUUCUAUGAGUAGAGACCGUGAACCAGAGGACUUUAUGAUUGUAGAAAUGGUCAAUAGAAAAAUUCGUUUCAUAUGGAAUGCCGGUGGUGGAAGUCAAGUUAUACAACACAAUUUAACUAUUGAAACAAAUGAUGAACAAUUGUUGAAAGAUGAUCGAUGGUAUAAAAUUGAAAUAAAUAGAUUUGGGAAUGUUGCAACUCUCAGUGUGAAACCAACUCCCUCUGGUCAGAAGAGUGAUCCAUAUGCAGUAACAGGUGCUUCACCUGCAGGAUAUUCAAAAAUGGACUUGGAUUCAGAUUCAUUUUUUUACAUUGGUGGAACUCCAAAAGGCUAUCGUGUCCCUCGAGAGUUGAAAGCUAGAAAUUUUGCAGGUUGUCUUUCAGAGGUAGUUUUGGAGGGCAAGAAAGUUGGUUUGUGGAAUUUUAUUACAAAUCAAGGUUGUGAUGGGUGCAAAGAAGGAGCUGCUGAAGAAGCUGAUUUUACAGCAUAUAGUUUUAGAGGGGAUGGAUAUGCUAUUCUUCCACAAAUCAAACGAUAUAAAAAACGCUCCUAUGUUGUGACAUUGCGUUUUAAAACAUUUGAUGAAGAUGCCUUGUUAUUUUUUGCGCCCAAUAUUGAAAACGGUGAUUUUGUAUCAUUAGAACUUCGGGAUGGAUAUGUAGUGUAUCAGUUUAACUUAGGAAGUCAAUCUAGAUCAGUUUUGAAAACAAAUCAGAAAUAUAAUACAGGGAAUUGGGUACGACUUGCAGCUGAAAGAGAAAAUUUGCAAGGUCGUUUAGCAGUGGAGGAUGAAUAUCAUGAUGGACAACUUCCAGCAAAUAGUAAUUCAACCAUGGAACUUCAAAAAAGUUUCUUGUAUUAUGGAGGAGUUCCUCCUAAUUUCACGAUAAAUUUAUGGAGUGGUAUAACGUUCCAGAAAUUUUUUGGUUGCAUGAAAGAUCUUCAGAUAGAUUCAACACCUCUUGACCUUUUACAAAAUAGUUCCUUUGGUGUUGAAGCAAGUUGUAAAGAUAUUCCUCAAAAAUCUGUCGGAUUUAGAGGCAGUGGUUUUAUAGAAAUGCCAGGAAUUCCAUUGAACCAGGAAGCAAGUUUCAGUUUCUCUUUCCAAACCAUGCGAGAUUCUGCUGUUCUUUUAUUAUCUACAUUUGAUUCGGGUAAAAACUUUGAGAGUAAGAGACCGCGGAAGAAAGGUAAAAAGAAAAAGGAUUAUUAUUCAGUUGCCAUUGUGAAUGGAUUUAUUGAAACAAGGUUUGAUGGAGGAAAUGGUGAAGCUAUUAUAGAAUCUAACAAGACCUACAAUGAUGGAAAUUAUCAUACAGUUACUGUAAUAAAGACACAUAGAAAAGUUGUAAUGAGAGUGGAUGAUGAAGAAGUGGGAUCUGAUAGAUUACCUAAAGGAUCCAAAGACAUUGACGCUCCUCCUCAGCGAGGAUUGUAUUUCGGAGGCUUCAGAGAAGGAAUAGAAUACAAUUCUAUGCUUUCAACUGCAACUCCUUUGUUUGGAACCAUAAAAGAUGUGAUUUUCAAUAAUAAGAUUUUAUACUUCAGUAAUCCUGUAGAUUUCAAAGGUGCUGGUAUUGGCAGAACACAGAAAGAAUGGUUUGGUGCAGAGCCUCCUUAUGCAGGGAUUGUCCAGCCACUUGAAAGAUGCUCUGAAAUGGCUUCUUAUAAUCAAGAAAAAAGAGCUGUAAAUUUUGGAGACGAACUUUUUAGUCAUGCCAAAGUAGCCAUUGGAAGAAAAGAUUUUGUACAUGACUUCAAUGUGACUUUUGACCUACGAACUUAUUAUCCAAAUGGCCUUAUAGCUUUAGUUAAGAAUGGCCAUAUCUCACCUGUAUCUCAUUUUGCAAUAAUGCUUCUUGGAGGAAGAGCCGUGAUCAACUUGUACGAUCGAAAAGCACGUCGUGUGUCUAAUCCAAGUUCUUUGAAUGAUGGAAACUGGCAUCAUAUUUCAAUAAUAAAAGUAGGAAGGCACUUAUCAUUCCGUGUGGAUGAUAAAAAGAAACCUCUGAGUUUGAAAGUUCGUCGACGAUUGACAUUAAGAUCUCCUUUAUAUGUAGGUGGUGUACCUGAAGAAAUGGAAGCUAUCCAUAAAGUGGUGAUGGAAAGUUUUAAAGGAUGUAUAAGAAAUUUCCAUUUAAAUGGCAAAUACUUAGAUAUAGCCAGUGGUGAGCUUCAGAAUGUUGGUCACUGUUUCCAAACAAUUGAACCAGGAGCAUACUUUUCUGGAGAUGCUUUUGCAAUUUAUGCUAGUGAUUUUGAUCUGGGAAUACGAUUAGACAUCCAAAUGGAGUUUAAAACUACUAGACAGAAUGGGUUAUUAUUGGCUUUGUCUGAAGGUUAUGGAGUUCCAUCUAUAGCUCUUGAGAUAGACAAUGGAAGUAUAAUUAUUUCUGUUUUAUUGGGAAAUGAAGAAAAACCUUUCAGUGCCGUUAGAACAUUUGAAUCUUCUUAUUAUGUAUGUGAUGGACAAUGGCAUAUGGUAACAGCUCAGUAUGCACACAAAUCAGUUACUUUGAAAGUAGACCUCUUUGAUGUAACUGUUGGAAUGAGUCAUACUGUACCACUUGAACCCAAUACUGCUUCUCCCCUCUAUAUAGGUGGUAUUCCUGACAAUGUACCAACUGGUGCUGCUCACAACAGAAAUAACUUCAUUGGAUGCCUUAGAAAUAUUGCAAUUAAUGAUCGAAGAGUGGAGUGGAUUGAUAUGGCUGCAAGACAUAACGUCCUGUCUAAUGCCUGCCCAACUUUCUAAAUUUAUGUGAUAUUCUCAUAAGAAUGCAUUCUUUUACAACUAAGAUCUAUGACAAGUACCUCACUUGUAAAUCGCCUUUUAAAGAUGCUGUAGUGCUCUAUUGAAUACUUUGUCACAUAGUGUUUAUUUCUUACUUUAAAAUAGGAUUAUGAUAUAAGAGAUUCAUAUCUUUUGAAGAGCAGAUAGUCUACUUAUUGAAAUUAUUGUUUAUGGUUGAAUAAUUAUUUUUGUUAAUAUAUUUUAAAAUAUUAAUGACAAUUAGAUAUGCAUAUAAUAAAAUAAAUUAUAUAUAAUUUCCACUUUUUGAAAGAAGACCUCUCUAAUUCUAAUUUUAUUUUUUGUAAAGCAUUUAAUAUUUCUUUCUUUUGUUUUAUUCUUCUUUGAAUUUAUUAUUUUAAUUGUGAAUUAAAUCAUAUUUUUAGUUGUUUUUUGAAUAUUUAUUUCAGUCUAGAUAAUCAGUUUUUUUUAUAUACUCCAUGUGUAUAUUUUGAAAAUUCCUAAUGUAUACUUUUGGAGAUAUUUAGAAUUUUUCUAUUUUAAUAUUUUAAAAAUAUUUUAUCAACAUCUUAGAUUAUUUUUGUUAUUUUUGAACAGAAAGUAGACAAUCCAAUAAUUAAGUAAAAAAAUAUAUUGUAUAUCUUUUUUUUUCUAUGUUUUGUUAACCUGAUGUUUCGAAGUUAUACUUCAUUGAUGAAUCUUGUCAAUCUGAGAACUUUUUCAUGUGCAAUCAAUUUUGUAAAAUGCUUUGUAUAAUUUUGUAUAUAAUGUAAUAAGAUAAGCAUUGUCUCUUCAGAUUUUUAUAGAUGUCAUUUAUCUGAGUAAUGUUCAUCGAUACCUGAUUUGUAUAGUAUAAAAUGUAUUGCCUUAUGUAUCAUGCUGUUUUUCUGCUGUUUCCUAUCAUGUUGUAAAGUAAUUUAUUUUCAAUGUAUAAAGUAUUUAAAAUCACAUUCCAGUGAUUUUCAUUCUUUUUCUUUCAUGUACUCUUUUUUUAUUGUCAGUAGGGUUCAUUUUCACCCUAUUUAAUCCAGUCAUCAGUUUUAUAUGUGUGUUUGUUGAAGUUUUUAUCAAAUGUUAUAAGAGCAAAUACACUGCCAUUUAUUUGUCUUGUUUUUUAAUUUAAUGUUUAGCAGCUUAGUUAAUUUAAAUAUCAAUGGGAAAAAAUCAUAUUAAAAAGAUAAGAGAAUAUUAAUUUAUUUUAGAGUAUUAUGAUAUAUUAUGAAAGAAAUCUUAAAUUCCAGAAUAAUUGUUUUAUAGUUAAUCUUAACUAACUGAAAUUUAACUGUGAAUCCUAAGGGAAGGACUUUGCACUUCAGAAUUGACACAGUGCACAAUCUUUUAGUUAAUCAGAAGAAAGUAAUUGUUACAUGUAAGUAUAUAGUUAUUUGCAUUUCAUUCAUUUUAUAAUAUUGUUUAUUUUUUUUAUUUGUGAGCAUUAUUAACCAUAUUCAUAUAUUUUAGUGAAAUUUCUUUUGAAUUUCAUAAAAUAAACCAUUCUUUCCUCCCAAAACUGCCCCCCCCCAAAGUUUACCCUUUUAUACACAUGGGCACUUUUUUAUUCAUUUGUUUAAAAAACAGUAAUAAUUUCUAUCUUAUUAAGCUCAUAAAAAAGUCAAUUUGUUUCGUUUAAAGUAAAUUAAUGUGCUAAAUUUAUCAAUAAAAUGCUUAUUUAAUUGUAUUUUGAUCCUGAUAAAUGUGUGGCUUUGCUCAUUGAUUUUAAGAUUAGUUUUACAAAUUAAAUUUUCUUGUAAUUUGAUGUAAUAGAAUCCAUUGUACUAUUAUAUUUCCAGAAAUGUUUAAAAUUAUACUUUUUUUUAGUAAUGGAUAACAAAGUAAUUCAUCUUGCUUUACUGCUUGAAAAAUACUGCUAAAAUAUCUCUUUCCAAAUGUUCAAAUGCAAACAAAAUUAAAUCAAAUAUUGAGGUUUGCACCUUAAAAUAUUGUUUUUCAAUUAGAGUUAUAUAAGAGAAUUUUUAAAAAAUUAUUUAAAAGGAAGUUAUUUGCUUCCUUGUUUUAUUUUCUGCCUGUUACAUUUAAAAUUUUGAAACUAGCUUCUAAUUGCAUUAUUUAUCUGUUGAUCUCGGAAAAAUUUUCACGGUGCCUUCUUUUGAGUGAUUUCCAGAUGUUGGACAUGAACUUAAGAUGUACACAAUCUCGUUGCAUGCUUUAUUGUGUGUGGUAUUGAAUAUUUAGUCUUGUUUCUUAUUUAGUCAUAAAAUUUUAUAAAAUUAGAGGCUGGCCUCUAAAUUCUUUAAAAAAAUUAUCUGUGUAUGUAACUUUUCAAAAUUAAUGCUUUAAUUUUUCAAAUAAAAUGCUCUUUUAAAUAGUGCCAAUUAUUUAAUUUAGGUGUUAAAAUUUUUGAAUGUAGCUGUUGUGAUGUAUAAUAAAUAAAAUUUCAG